UCCGUCCUGACGCUGAAGGGACGACAUGCCGACGAAGUCUCAAGGAACUCCGAAGAAGUGCGCAUCAAAGAAUGCUGUUGCUCCGAAAAUCAGCGGAGAGUAGAGGCGGAGUGGCAAUUAUGUCUCGGAGACUGGUCUCCAUCGAAGCCAUCAUAAUCGACGCUCGUUGUGGAAUGAUAUUGUUACACGAAGCUCGCACUUGUUUCUUUUAUGUUCCGUAAGUUGGCAGACGAGGCGCUAGCGUCUCUUUUUCUACUUUCUCGCCUUCCUCCCAAUUUUUUGUCGCGUCAUAUCAUACCUGUCACGUUCUCCGUUCUCAAACCUGCAUCUCCUGCAACAUUCCAUGUCCUCAUCAAGCCGAAGACGAGUACAUUUCUGCUUUUUGGCUUCUGUACUAGCAUGGGUAGGGAAGGUUGUUCCAGGGCAUAUUUGGAGGUGAAAGGGCGUUGAAGGGGAUACGGCGUAAGGGGAGGGAGGAUUGUGCUGGAUCAUGAACGUGAUAAGGAGGCAGGUUUCACGUGACUAGGAAGAUUUUAAGUGAUUCUGAGGAGCUUCUGGUGGCAGAUCUAGAGGUUGGAGUUUGGCAAAGCGUGUGGGAGAGCUGGGAUUUUGCUGGGUUUGUUUGUUGCCAGUGAGCGAUGAUGUGGUGGAUCGGUCACUGAGUGUGGCAUCGAAUGGUGGGUUAUUAGUGGUUUGGGAUUGUAGGAGAAGGAGAUGCGUGGGCAGAAGUUGUGGGUUGGGGAUUAGGUGAUGCAGUGCGUGAGUUCUGUGUACUGGUGGUGAGUUUUGGGAUUGAAGCGUCUGGAUUACAAGCGACGGUUUAGAAGAGUGGUUUGGAUGUUUGAGGAGCGUAUGAGGUGGAGGUGGGUGCCAGUUGGCGCAGCGUUGGUGGAAAGAAUUCGCAGUGCAAUGGUAUGAAGUGACUAGUUGUUUCUGUUGCAAGGAUUGCGAAUCCGGAUCCAUUUGUCACUUGAUUUACAAGUUGGGGUACCAGGAGUGGCUUCCCGGGAGUUGCGGGCUAAAUUGGUGCAACAGUGUCUUAGAGCUUCUUCCCCUGCGUCAAAUUCUUCAGUAAGUCGAUCGGUUUGAUGUGGUAUUUGAAAGGGCUAGUGUCCUGAGGAGUUUAAGGCAAGAAGUCGAACCGUAUUAUAUUGGAACCUCCAGGCAUUCUAUUAUCUGGAAAGGUCUAGGAAGACGAAAGACUUGGGGCAUUGUUUAGUGGCACGUAUUAGUGGCAGAGUACAUCUAAUCGUAGUAGUUUCUAAAGAGAAGUACACGAUGAGGACUUCAACCAUGACAGACUGUAUCGAAAAGUGCAGUCCAUCGUAAUGGAUGCAUUCAGCUGUUUUUCUACGCCUAUAUUUUCUCGAGUCUGUCGAGUCACCAUAAGUUGUCGACGUUGGAGACAACUUUCUUUUCCAUUGGCUUACCAAAUACUAUGCAAUGGCUGCCGAGUGAAUCCAGAUUAGGUACAAACAGCGCUGAGGAGGAGUAUGCAUUAAACCUAUGGGAAAUUGGCCAUCUCCUGAAUCAUGAUUCUUCUUUCACCUGCCUUGGGGUUCGUGCAUUUUGGUGGGCUGCUCUUUGCCACUCGGAUCUUCUCAUCUGUUUGGAUAUUGACACGCCAUAUGUCACAUCUUCAUUAAGCUUGUUUCAUGCAUUUAAUGGGCUUGAAUCGAGGUUUCGAGGAAAUCAGGAAUGGGGGUGUUGUCCGAUCAAUUGAAGCUGGCGCUGCCUCCAUGUUCGAAUUGUCAGUUGCUGUAGACCUGCCAAACUGUCGAGGUGGGGUGGCGAGAUAACAGGGUGCUCCGUUGAUGACAUGAGUACCUAUGGGUGUAUUCGCUCCAAGAUGAAGUUAUUUUUGGCAAUUCAUCAAGGCCUGUGAAGAAGUAUGGGAGAGGAGUCUGUGUCGGACGAUGAGUUUCACGAGUCUUUUGAGGACGUCCCUUCCACAUUGAGCUCAGAUAGUACGGGCGAAGGAAGUGAUCGAGACGUACGAAUGCAUACUGCUGGAAUUGCUCCUGCGACCGGCAUUGACCGUCUACCUGUCUGGACGCCUUCCGCUUUCCAAUCCAAGUUUUCUGUUUGGAAGGAUGACCCUGGUACUAUCAAUGAGCGUAGGGAGCGGUUCUUUAAGAAGAUGGGGUUAAAGUCCUCAAGAGACGACCCGACAUAUGCUCACAUUCUUGAUCUUUCGGGAGGAUUCGCUUCGAGUGAGACAGGCUUCAAAAAACCCCGUAAAUUGUGCGAAGAAGCUGUCACAGGAACCCGUGCAGAUGGAUACGUGAAGCCAACGUGUGAAAACUGUGGGGGUGAGCGGAAGGGUGUUUCAACACAAAGAUGUGCGCAUUUGGAGAGUUUACGACCUGAGAAGUUGGGAACAGAUGUAGAACAGGCUUUAAAGCCAUUAUUUACGGAGAACGGUUUCAAAGUUGAUUCGGAUAAUGUUCGGGUGGAAGUUACAGGCUCACGUGCUAUUCAUGAAAGGAACCUUGCAGACACGUGUUGUAUUGCAGGAGGAAAUGGCGAACUAGGUUCCAAAUCUUCAGAUUCCAGGUUCUCCAUAUCUCCAGGCUACAAAACAUGUGAAUGUACCGAUUCAGUUAGCAGCGAUGGGACUCACAAUUUGCAUGAAAGUUGUGGGAAUAAAACAGAAGUUGUUUCAAACCAGGGUAGCAUUCAUAAUAGAUUCGAUAGCGACAGCUCGUACUUAGUAGAAGGUGUUCGUCGAUUAGAAUCAGGGCACCAGCAUCAAGCGUCCAGUUCUCAGGAGAAUCUGUUUCGGUCCUCCGAUACGGACUCUGAAUACGCACUUGGCAGCCCCGAUGUCCACAAUGGGAUCGAGAGCAUCAUGGACGAGCGUUUCAAGAUCCGUGACUUGGACAGUGGAAAACAAUUUUUGAUGAAAAAGUUUAAUAGGGAUGGGUCAUUGAAUAUGCUCCGGGAGAUGGACACUGGUAAGGACUUGACGUUUGCCGAGUUUGAGAGGACUCUAGGCCUAGUGUCCCCAGUUACACAAGAGCUCAAAAUGCGACAACUAGCUUUGGAUGGUCAGGUCAGUAUUCGAAAUUCUGAGCCAAAGACUGACGAAAAAGCUCCAUCCACAACGAAAAGGAGGGGUUGGCUGAGAAAGUUGAAGGGUGCGGUGAAGAGAAAAUCUAAGGAUGGACUGGUCAAGGGUGAAAGUGCACGGAGUGUUGCAGUUUAUGAUAGUGUUGAUGAUAUAGAUGCAUCUUCAGUGGUGGGUAGUAUUUCCGGCGACGCGUCGCCGAAAGGGGACAGCUCAUUUUCAGGUCUGAAAAGAAAGGAGUUCACUAAAUGUGAUUCGAUGCCUGGUCUGCCCAUAGAUGACGUUGACGACUCUUUUUGGAGAAGUCCACAGAAGGUGAAAGUGCGAUCGCGCCAGAAAAGUUCGAGAGACCUUUCAGAUCUUCACUUGAGCCAAGAAAUCUCAGCCCACCAAGGUGCAAUAUGGACGAUGAAAUUUAGUCCCGAUGGGUGCUAUCUUGCUAGCGCUGGUCAAGAUCGGAUUAUUCAUGUUUGGGAGGUUAUUGAUCACCCGUCAGUGACUGAGUCAGAACUUUAUGGUGGCCUUCAUAAGGUUGACAUCGAGCUGAGACAGAGAGAAAGUAGUGUCAAAGGUGAUAAUGAUGGAAGCAUCAAGGCGGGGCAAGAUAGAAUUAUGAGCAAAAUCGACAAAGAAGGAAGUAUCAAGAGUGGAAGAGGGACUCUUCGAAAACUAAAGUCUAGCAACCAAAGCAAGGGUCCAGUUCCGAAGCUCUUCUGGCUCUCCGAGAAACCUAUUUGCUCUUUUAAGGGGCACACAGAAGAUAUACUUGACUUGUCAUGGUCUCGAAGCCAGUUUCUUUUGUCUUCAUCCAUGGAUAAUACAGUACGUUUGUGGCACAUUUCAUAUGACGAGUGUUUGCGGAUUUUUCCUCAUAAUGACUUUGUUACUUGUGCACAAUUUAAUCCUCUUGACGAUCGCUACUUUCUUAGCGGGUCGCUUGAUGACAAAGUGCGGAUCUGGAGCAUUCCUGAUCACCAUGUGGUUGACUGGAGUGAUCUUCAAGAAAUGGUCACAGCUGUAUGUUACACUCCGGAUGGGAAGAAAGCGAUUGUUGGGUCUUACAAAGGGACCUGCCGCUUCUACAACGCUAUAGGAAAUAAGUUGCAGCUGCAAGCUCAUGUAGAUGUACGCGAAGAGUCGAAAAAAGCACGGGGCAAAAAGAUCACUGGACUGCAUUGUAUGCCCAAGGAUCCAAACAAGGUUCUUGUGACGUCAAAUGACUCUCGUGUCCGUGUGUAUGAUGGCCUGGAUCUGGUUGCUAAGUACAAAGGUUUACGAAAUGUAAAGAGUCAAAUUUCAUCGUCCUUUUCUCCAAAUGGAGAUUUCAUCAUCAGUGCCAGCGAAGAUUCUCGGGUUCUGGUAUGGAGUUCUGCUAAUAGAGAUAUUUCAAACAAAUCAUCCCUCUACCGAAAAGACAAGCAACUAUCGUGUGAGGAGUUCACAUCACGCCAUGUAUCAGUAGCAAUAGCUUGGCCGGAUUCUUCCGUCCGCUCAGCAUGUGAUCCUCCCGGUAGGUCAGAGAGGUUUGGCAGUGUACAGGUUGCUAGUGAGCUGGGGUUAUCUCCACCAAGGGAAGAGCCUGUGGUGGUUACAACAAAGGGCACGGAAGAAAACUCGAAAUGCCCAUCGUAUUGCUUAGGACGGUCCCCUCUAGGAAUUUUUGGAUCUGGAAGAAAAAACAGUGUUGCUGUGGCUGACGAACUUACCUCAAAAAAGCAAGUUGAAAGUGGCAGCCUCGGCAACCAUGGUCAUCAGCUCGAUGCAUCCCCUGUAGAUAUUAGCGCUAAGGUGUCGGUACAAUCACUUUCAUUAGAAGAGAAUCCUUCUUACUUGCAGCGGCGUCCAAGCUUCUUCCCCGAGAGAGGAUCCACCACGUGGCCUGAAGAAAAGCUUGAUUCUUUACGAAUGUCCAGGCCGAGUAUGAUGCAGUCAGCCUCCAUUGUUAGCAACAUGAGUGACCUCAAUGGAGGAGAGGUCACCCCUCCUAGUGAUUUGGUCAAUGUUUCCGCUGCUUGGGGAUUAGUGAUCGUUACUGCAGGUUUGGGAGGCGAAAUAACAACGUUUCAAAAUUAUGGCUUCCCUGUACGUCUCUGAAUAUGAAAUUGCGCUUUAUUCAGCGUUAAAACUCUGUUUCUAGCA